CCGCCCCCCGUCCCCGCAGUGAACGCCAGCGAGGCGCGGGCGCUGCAGCGCCGGGUGCGCAUCCUGUGCUGGGUGAUGACGGCGCCGGGCAGCCUGGCCACCAAAGCCCGCCACGUGCGAGCCACCUGGGCCCGCCACUGCGACCUGGCGCUGUUCAUGAGCUCCCGGCCCGACCCCGACUUCCCGGCCGUGGGGCUGCCGGUGGGGGAGGGCCGCCAGCAGCUCUACUGGAAAACCAUCCGCGCCUUCCAGUACGUGCACCGGCACCACCUGGGCCGCGCCGACUGGUUCCUCAAGGCGGACGACGACACCUUCGUGGUGGUGGCCAACCUGCGCUGGCUGCUGGCCGCCCACAGCCCCGAGCGCCCCGUCUACUUCGGGAAGCGCUUCCGGCCCUUCGUGCGCCAGGGCUACAUGAGCGGCGGGGCCGGCUACGUGCUCAGCAGGGAGGCCCUGCGGCGCUUCGUGGCCGCCUUCGCCUCCCGCGCCUGCACCCACAGCAGCGCCGUGGAGGACCUGGCGCUGGGGCAGUGCAUGGAGAAGCUGGGGGUGGAGGCGGGCGACUCGCGGGACACGCGGGGCCGGGAGACCUUCCACCCCUUCCCCCCCGAGC